GCGGUGGACGGACCAAUGGAGGCCAGGAACGUAUUGUUUGGGCGUGACAUCACCACCACCAUGGCGGCUGACAGGCGGAGAGGCACGCUCCUCAUUUCACUGCUCAUUUCCCUCCUUAUUACCCAGAUUGCGGCAAAGUCCGGCGUGAUAGACCUCGAUGAAGACAACUGGCACCAAAUGCUGGAGGGGGAGUGGAUGGUGGAGUUCUUUGCUCCCUGGUGUCCAGCAUGCAAGGCCCUUAAACCAAUUUGGAAAGACUUUGCAAGUUGGAGCGAUGACCUGGGCAUCUCCGUAGGGCAAGUGGACGUCACCACCUCCCCGGGACUCUCCGGCCGCUUCAUGGUCACUGCCCUCCCCACCAUCUACCAUGUGAAGGAUGGGGUGUUCCGGCAGUACCGUGGCUCAAGGGACAAAGAUGAGUUCAUGAGCUUCAUUGAGGAGAAGCGCUGGGAGGAGGUGGAGGAAGUUCCUGCUUGGAAAUCUCCAGCCUCAAUGCAGAUGUCCAUUGUGGCACAGUUCUUUAAGCUGUCCAUGGUGCUGCGCUCUGUCCACUCUGUGUUGGUGGAGGAGUAUGGCCUGCCCACCUGGGGCUCCUACUUGGUGUUUGCCCUUGCCACCAUCCUGGUCGGUGCACUCCUGGGCCUGAUUUUGGUGUGCAUCAUUGAUUUUGUGUUCCCGCCAAAAGCACCAGGACCAUCUACUGUCGUCACCAGUGCUGGACAAAAGGCAGAUGACGAUGAAGAAGAUUUGGUGGAGGAUUCAGAAGUUAGAGCAGAAGCCAACAUGAAGGAGGAGGCAACUCAAGGAGAGCCGCCCGAAGGAGGAAGAAGUGACAAUGAGGCAGAUGAUAAUGACGAGAGGAGGUCAGGAGCCAGUGAUGGGGAAGGAAAGGAAGACUCCCAGGCUGAAGAGGACAAGGACUCGCAAGCUGGUGAUGAGGAGGAGGAGAAGGACGAGGAGCAGCAGGAGGACCUCAAAAACUCCCCAGAAGUCCGUCGCCGCCGCCCUAGGAAGGACUAACAUAUUUAGGUUAUCUAGGUAAGCUGUAUAAACUUCACUCUUCCAGUUUCAGUCCAGAAAGCAAGCCUGUAAGGCAAAUUUAGUGUUCUGCUCUAUCUCUUGCUUAAAUAAUGUUAUAUGUAUGAUUCACAGAAACUUGUCAACUUAUAUAUUUAAGCAAUUGAACAAAUGCCAGUGCAUGUCAGCCAAUUUGGUUAUACUGUAUUCCACUAUUUAAUGACACCAAUGGCUUUUUUGUUUGGAAAUAAAUGAGUGUUUAUAACAGGAACUUACUACUUUCUUGGUUGCCUAUCUGAAUGUCUUCAAGAAUAUAAAAAUCUUUCAUGAAGAGAGUAAACUAUUCCUAUACUUAAAUAGUGCAUCAAAUACUUUCAUCAGUUUUUGUCUAGAGGCCUAGGAACUAAGAUGGAUUUUUAAUUUAGUCUUAGAGAAUGUGUGUGUGUGUGUGUGUGUGUGUGUGUGUGUGUGUGUGUGUGUGUGUGUGUGUGUGUGUGUGUGUGUGUGCAGGCACUUUUCUCUGCUGCUCCCCUUUGCAGGGAUGUCAGUCUGUUAUGUAGAAUAGAUAUUCUUAUAACAACUUGGCCUCAUGGUGAUAGUAAAGCAUGCAGGAAGGGCUUGAUAUGGUUCUUUCACUUGUAUUAUGACUACAUAGAGCUUAUGUAUGACACAACAUAAUUUGAGUGUUGUCAUAAGUUAUCAACCUUAUCCAGAAGUCCUCUAGGAAUUUUUCCUUUUCUUAUUGGUUAUUUUGGAACUGCAAACAAUAUGGAAACUAAAUGAAGGAAACUUGACCUUUGUUAACUGUGGAAUAUCAGUUUUUAUAUUAUGAUGCUAAAGAUGUUUGCAGACCACUAUCCUAAGUAAACCAGUAUUUGCUCAUUAUAGUUUAGCUUUUGAAAUAACCAGUUUCUUUUUCACCCUUAGUAAAAUUAUGUCAGUCAGUAAAUAACUUCUUUAUAGCUCUUCUUUCUCUCAUUUUUAUUUAUGAAUGUAAUUAUUAUUUUCACCCUACUGGACCACACUGAUGAUAAAACAGGAAAACCUUUCAUAAGACUAAAAUUCUGCUGUGAGUCACCUGUAGACUGAUAAGGAACCCUGAUACUGUGUUAAGCUUUGUACCCAAGGUUGUUGUGAACACUAAGUCGUAUUAUACAUAACGCAUUGGAAACUUGUGAAGAUUAAUUUCACCCCCCUGAAAUCACUGACUGAAAGCUAUGGGAGCUUGUGCAUGUAUGUACAAUGGUACUCUUGCUUUAAUGUGAAAGGUCUUUCCUUUUCAUUUUAACCAACAAAAUAUAAUUUUGUGAUUGAAGAUUCAUUAUAUAGAGGUAUUUUCAUGGCCUUUAAAUAUUAUAAGUACAUAUUAAUUGAUAAGUAUUAGGCUCAGAACCUAAAGUUUUCUCAGUUAAUAUGAGAUUUCUGUAGAAGGGUUUAUUGCUUAAAACUGAUAAUUUGGUAUGAGCAUGACUCCAGAGUUUUCAGUUAUUUACUGGGAAUAAUAUGACUUGACACCAUACAGUCUCUGUUGCCUGACACCAGAAUGUUGCUUCAUUUCAGUAAUUAGGUAAUUAUCAUCUUGUUCCAGUAUUUCCUCUUGUUUGUGUUUGGUCUGGCAUUAUUAUAAAUAACAAUUAGUUCAUUAGUAAUGUUUUCACUGAGGACAAGCAGUAUGAGAUAUGAAGUUCUUGCUUAUGAAUUUCCAUUAACACUUUGUGAUAGUUGUUUUUCCAGUGUUACUGACUUUAUUUAUGUUGUAAAUUAGGCACAAAUGUGAAGAUGUACUUAUUUUUCAGCUGUUCAUCCUGUGAUAUAAAUUUUAAAUCAAACAAAUUUAUCAACUACCAUGUUUCUGGAGAACUGACAGUGAUGUGCUGAAUGUUGCUCAUAAAUUGUUAGUGGGACGUAGUGUUGGAUGAUGAAUUGCUUAGGACUACACUAGUGCCUGACUUAAUAGUUAGGAGUAUGCAGAAUACAAGUAAGCAGAAUACCGAGUAAGUUAUAUCAUUGAUCACUAUGUCCUCUGAUAGAAUUAGUACAUGUGGACUUCCAUGGCUCCCAUAUUUAGUUAGUUUUUAUGAAUAGAGACACUAAAACACAUUAAUAAAUCAUCCUCAUGUGAACAUGUUAAAACUUCCUUAUCUUUUACUUAAUCUGAUAAUCUUCCAUCUGUAUCUCUUUAUGGUUCUGAUUUAUGCAUGUCUUGCAAACAGGGAGUAUAGGACAUGAGUAUGGGUAUUAAGUUCUAGACUUGAAAGUGUAGCUUGUUAAUAAUAGAGUAGAAAUGGAGAAGUACAUGACUCUUGGCUCAAGGAGCACACAACAGAUGUGGCAGAAGCCUGAGUGACUGGAUCAAAAGCAGAGUAGAUGAAGACAAGUUGGAGAUGAGACAAGAAGAACCUACAGGCAAGACUUAGACAUGAUGUGUUGAGGAAAUUCUGUUCAGUAAUGUGAUGGGUCAUGAAUGGCCUGUUCCUUAGUAGAUGUGUAAUUGAUGGUGAUAAUUAACUUCUUGUCCAUACAGGAUAAGCUGAAUAUGAUUAAUAAUGACUAUCCCUGUCAUAUACUGAGCAUGGAUAUGAUACUAUAGUGCCUCUAAGUAAUGGUUUAUGGUAGGUACUCACUAUAUGGGAAAACUUCAUUAUCAUUUCAUGUGUAACUUAAAUUAUACCAAGCAAUUUAGUGUGUGUGAAAGUGUCUGAAAUGUUUUGUCAGAUUUGUUACUGUAAGCACUUUCUUUUCCUAAAUUAUUAUGACAGAAUUAAUAUUUGAAAGUCAAGAAAUUUCUUUCAAUAAUAUGCCAUCAUGAAAAUCUGCUGCACAUCUCAGGCUUACAUGAGAAUUUUUCAGUUCAUGUGUGUGUUGGCGAGCAUGAAUUGGCAAAAGUAUGUUUUGUUAUGGCUUGUAACUUGUAUUACUCCUAUUUGAUCUGAUGUUUCCAUGAGGUGCUAUGGUGGCAAGUUGUGUUCUGAUCCAUUUUACCAGUAACCCAAAGGUGUAGUAUAGUCAUAUGUCCUCAGUACUGUCAUGAUUAGUAGUCAGAUAGCAUGCUACAAUUACUUCCACUGUUUUGUUUUCGCUCAGUCAUGUCCUUUGAUCUGCCAGUAUAUCAGUUGUCAGAUUUUAAGGAGAUUGCCAACAAAUCAGAUGACUUGCAACUGAGAAAAAGCAAAACACGUGUGAGUGCAUCAUACUUGACUUCUGACCACGACUGUACCAGUAUGCACUGGAGAGGGAAACAUGCACAUGACACAUCAGUAUCAAGACAUUCUCUAAGUGUAGGGUGCCCUGUACUUAGCAAUCCAGGAAUGAAAUUUUAUGUUUAGUAGAUUAUAUGUGGGGAAGUAAAUGUUAACUCAAAAUACAAGUAUGAGGCACUGCAUAAAAUGUCAUCUGCACCACCAUUUAAUGUGAAAAAAAAGUAAAAUCUUGCAUAUUUUCCUUGAUUUUAUUAAUGCUGAUGAGACUGAAAUAAUUAUUGUUGCAUUACCAACCCUCAGCAGUGUGAUGUCAAAUCCAGUUUUCUAAUCUAGCAGUUACUCUGAACCUGGAAAUCUGUUGACCAUUGAUGAUGGGGAGCUUGUCAUUGUUUCCCAGCUAGUUUACCACAUCCAUCAGUUAUUAUUAACUUAACACUGUGCUUCACAUGAUUCAAUGUGCAUAAUUAUUUUAUAAUAAACACUUUUUUAA